AUGGCUAAAGUUGAAUUUGAAAGCAGCAACUCGUUUGCAAAUAACAAUAAGAAAACCAUCCGUAACACUGCUAUCUGCCUUGUUGUUUUAGUGGUUGUUUACUUCGCAGGUUCGUUCGGUUACAAAGCACAAGGGGCUUUUGAUAACGGAGAAUCCCACCAUGAAUUUGAAGCUUCAGGCGGAGAACUUCAACAGGGAUUGUAA